AUGACUGCACCUAAGAAAGAUUUCCACGUCGCUGUGGUCGGUGGUGGUAUUGCGGGUGUGACUUUGGCAAUCACCCUUCACGACCGCAAUAUCCCGGUCACACUCUACGAGCAAGCUCAUGCCUUUGGCGAAGUGGGCGCCGGCGUGUCAUUUGGCCCCAAUGCCGUCGCUGCCAUGAAAACCUGCCACCAAGGUAUUUUCGAGGCCUUCGAGAAGGUCUGCACGCGCAAUAUGUGGUCGUCCAAGCAGAAUGUCUGGUUCGACUACCUUGAUGGAUAUAGCAUGGGCACAUCGACCUCAGCUCAGAAUUCUAGCCGCCAGGAUAUCGCCUUUACUAUCUCGAACAGUACCGGGCAGACCGGAGUCCACCGCGCCCACUUCCUCGACGAAUUGAUUCGUUUGGUCCCUGAAGGGAUUUCGCACUUCAACAAGCGACUGAACGACAUUACCGAGCGCGAAGAUAGAAAACUCGUCCUGAAGUUCGCCGAUGGCAGCGAGGAUGUCGCUGACGUGGUCAUCGGUUGUGACGGAAUUAAGUCUCGGGUUCGGCAGUUGAUGGUGGGUGAGGAUCACCCAUCUGCCAACCCCACCUACACGCAUAAAUAUGCAUACCGUGGUCUGAUCCCCAUGGAUAAGGCGAUCGAGGCGGUCGGCGAGGAAUUGGCUUCUAAUUCUUGCAUGCAUAUGGGUCCCGGUGGCCACAUGUUGACAUUCCCUGUGAAUCAGGGCAAGACAUUGAAUAUUGUUGCCUUCCACACCACUCCGGAUGAAUGGGCGGACUACCCCAGAUUAACCAGGCAAGGAACGCGGGAGGAAGCUCUCCGAGACUUCGACGGAUAUGGACCUAACGUGAUCAAUUUGUUGAAGUUAACUGACGAAGAACUCAAUGUGUGGGCAAUCUUUGACCUGGGAGAACAUCCUCUGUCUACAUUCUCCAAAGGCCGAGUCUGUCUUUCUGGUGAUGCGGCACACGCCACCUCCCCGCACCACGGCGCCGGGGCUGGGUUCUGCCUCGAGGACACCGCGGUCCUAGCUGCCUUGUUGGAAGACGACCGAGUGAAAACGCACAAGGAUCUUGAGCAUGUCCUCGAUACUUUUGACUUCUGUCGCCGAGAACGGACGCAGUGGUUGGUGCAGAGCAGCAGGAUUGUUGGAGACUGCUAUGAAUGGCAGGCUGAAGGGGUCGGAAGGGACUUCCAAAAGAUUGAAGAGGCGAUCAAUUAUCGAAACGGUAUCAUUGCCAAUGUCGAUAUUGAUCAGAUGUGUGAAGAUGCUCGACAACAGCUUGCCCAGAGGCUUUGA